GGCGGAGAUUUUAAAAUUCGAACCGCGCUGGCGGGUGGAAGGAAGAAUUGGUGUUUUGGCGGCUGCUGUCCUGUCCCUCGGAUAGUUGCGCAGGUUACAGAAAUUCGGUCCCUGGGUCGUGUCACGAAACUGGAAGAAAGGUAACUUUGGGUUAAUUUCGGGCAGGCAGAAGUGUUCUGAAGGGAGAAAGUGAUGGCGCCAACAACUUAGAUUUAGAGGUCCUGAGGGACGUUUUAGUGUCUACUGUUGUGAGAGGCCUCCGGGGCGGAGUCUGUGCGAGGCGCGUUUCCCGGAGUCUAUCAAUAAAUUUCUACUGACAGUGAUUUACCGAGGGAGAAGAGGAGGGACUAGGAGCACAGUGGUGGGAAGAAGACAGGCUGGAGGAAAGGGGAAGAAUUGAUACGCGCAGGGAGUGGAAGGACAAGAUGACCUGUUUCAGAUGUCGCGUUUGAGAUACUCCUAGUGGGCGUGUAAGGAAGUCUUAAUCUUAAAUUACGUUUUAAGUAGAGAUUUGGAGUGCACAUAUAGGUGAGUGGGAAAGUUGAAUGGAUAGUAGAAAUGUAUAAAGGAGAAGAAAUUGGUGGCCUAUCGAAGAUGGAAAGUGUAAUCAGUUUGAAAAAAAUGUUUUGUUUUUUAAUUUUUUUUUCAAUUUUUUUUUUUAACGUUUAUUUUUGAGACAGAGAGAGACAGAGCAUGAACGGGGGAGGGGCAGAGAAAGAGGGAGACACAGAAUCGGAAGCAGGCUCCAGGCUCUGAGCCACCAGCCCAGAGCCCGACGCGGGGCUCGAACUCACAGACCGCGAGAUUGUGACCUGAGCUGAAGUCGGACACUUAACCGACUGCGCCACCCAGGCGCCCCUGAAAAAAAAUGUUUUUAAUGUCUGUUUAUUUUUGAGAGAGAGAGGGAGCGAGCGAGCAAGGGAGGAGCAGAGAGAGAGAGAGGGAGACACAAAAUCUGAAGCAGGUUCCAGGCUCCAAGCUAUCAGCACAGAGCCCAAUGCGGGGGCUCGAACUCACAAAUUGUGAGAUCAUGACUUACCUGAGCCCAAGUCGGUCGCUUAACGGACUGACUGAGCCACCCAGGUGCCCCGGAAAAUGUAAUCAGUUCAAAAGACAAAUGACAGCCCAGAAAAGAGAAGGGAUAACAGCAAAUGUCCACUUCCCAGGAAGCCAGGCCAGGACCUGAGAAAUCUUAAGUGUAUAGUGUCGAAUGCCACACAGAGAUGAGAAAGGAUGGAAAGUUUUGUCAAUCAUGAGUAUCCUAGGAGGCAACAGUUUCAGUAGAUAUGCAGGAAAUGAAGUGUUGAUUUUCUCAGAAAUGAGAAUCAGUAGACCAUUUUGUGGACAGAUAAUUAAUCUUUGUUAGAAGAGGGAUUGAAGUAAGUGGGGCAGUAAUUGAGUAUAAAUGGGAAACAGUGGGUUAAGGACAGAACAAGAGAGAUGGAGGUUAGGAAAAGAGAAUAGCUGUAUUCUCUAAGACCAAAGAAAAGGAAACAUGUUGAGGUAGUUCUUAUCAGGUCGUCUCUGACCUUUUUCCGGGUGAAGUCAGUACAGCCAACAGCAGUAAUGUGGUCUAGGUGAGGAUUCAAGGCUUUGACUACCAUAGAUACCCUUGCAAAGGCAGGAAUUAUACCUUAUUUAUCAGUGUAUCAUUUCAGUUGCCUUGCACACUCCCAGGGUACACGGUAGGCAGUAAGUAAAUAUUCGUGUGUGUUGAAUAGUUUUAAAUGAAGUUGGAUAGAUUUCCCUGCAAAUGAGGGCUUCACCUACCUGAACAUGAGGGCCCAGGAAAACAUUAUCUUGAAGAAACAACGGAACUUGGCUGCUUUCUGUUUGAGGAUGAAGAUAACAGUUGGUGCUUAAUGCACCACCUAUAUCUGAAAAGAUUUUUUAAUACUGAAUUCGUGAAUGCAGGUAAUAAGCAUGAAGCGCAGUUCAGUUUCCACCGGUGGUGCUGGCCGCCUCUCUAUGCAGGAUUUAAGGUCUCAGGAUUUCAAUAAACAAAGCCUCCAUACCCCUCAAACCAAAGAGAAACCAGGCUUUGGAAAGUUGAGUAUAAACAAACCCACAUCUGAAAGAAAAGUCUCUGUAUUUGGUAAAAGAACAAGUGGACAUGGAUCCCGGAAUAGUCAAUUUGGUAUAUUUUCCAGUUCUGAAAAAAUCAAGGACCCAAGGCCACUUAAUGACAAAGCAUUCAUUCAGCAGUGUAUUCGACAACUCUGUGAGUUUCUUACAGAAAAUGGAUAUGCGUAUAGCGUAUCCAUGAAAUCUCUACAAGCUCCUUCUGUUAAAGACUUCCUAAAGAUCUUCACUUUUCUUUAUGGUUUCCUGUGCCCAUCAUAUGAACUUCCUGACACAAAGUUUGAAGAAGAGGUUCCAAGAAUCUUUAAAGAUCUUGGGUAUCCUUUUGCAUUAUCCAAAAGCUCCAUGUAUACAGUGGGGGCCCCUCAUACAUGGCCGCACAUUGUGGCAGCUUUGGUUUGGCUAAUAGACUGCAUCAAGUUACAUACUGCCAUGAAAGAAAGCUCACCAUUAUUUGAUGAUGGACAGCCUUGGGGAGAAGAAACUGAAGAUGGAAUUAUGCAUAAUAAGUUGUUUUUGGACUACACCAUAAAAUGCUAUGAGAGUUUCAUGACUGGUGCCGACAGCUUUGAAGAGAUGAACACAGAGUUGCAGUCAAAGCUGAAGGAUUUAUUUAAUGUAGAUGCUUCCAAGCUGGAAUCAUUAGCAGCAAAAAACAAAGCAUUGAAUGAACAGAUUGCAAGAUUGGAACAAGAAAGAGAAAAAGAACCGAAUCGUCUAGAGUCAUUGAGAAAACUGAAAACUUCCUUACAAGCAGAUGUUCAAAAAUAUCAGGCAUACAUGAGCAAUUUGGAGUCUCAUUCAGCCAUUCUUGACCAGAAAUUGAAUGGUCUUGAUGAAGAAAUUUCUAGAGUAGAACUAGAAUAUGAGACAAUGAAACAGGAGAAUACUCGCCUACAGAAUAUUGUUGAUAACCAGAAGUACUCAGUUGCAGACAUUGAGAGAAUAAAUCAUGAAAGGAAUGAACUGCAGCAGACUAUUAAUAAAUUAACCAAAGACCUGGAGGCUGAACAACAGCAAUUGUGGAAUGAAGAGCUAAAAUAUGCCAGAGGCAAAGAGGCGAUUGAAACACAAUUAUCUGAGUAUCACAAGUUGGCCAGAAAAUUAAAACUUAUUCCUAAGGGUGCUGAAAAUUCCAAAGGUUAUGACUUUGAAAUUAAGUUUAAUCCUGAAGCUGGUGCCAACUGCCUUGUCAAAUACAGAGCUCAAGUUUAUGUGCCACUUAAGGAACUAUUGAACCAAACUGAAGAAGAAAUUAAUAAAGCUCUAAAUAAAAAAAUGAGCUUAGAGGAUACUUUAGAACAAUUAAAUACAAUGAUAACAGAAAGCAGGAGAGGUGUAAGAACUCUGAAAGAAGAAGUUCAAAAGCUGGAUGAUCUUUACCAACAAAAAGUUAAGGAAGCUGAAGAAGAGGACAAAAAAUGUGCCAAUGAGCUGGAGUCCUUGGAGAAGCACAAGCACCUGCUGGAGAGUGCUGUUAACGAGGGCCUCAGUGAAGCUAUGAAUGAAUUAGAUGCUAUUCAGCGAGAAUACCAACUAGUUGUGCAGACCACAACUGAAGAAAGACGAAAAGUGGGAAAUAACUUGCAGCGUCUUUUAGAGAUGGUUGCUACACAUGUAGGGUCUGUAGAGAAACAUCUUGAAGAGCAGAUUGCUAAAGUUGAUAGAGAAUACGAAGAAUACAUGUCUGAAGAUCUCUUGGAAAAUAUUAGAGAGAUUGGAGACAAGUAUAAAAAGAAAGCUGCUCUACUUAAGGCUUCUGAUGAAUGAAGAUAAAAUUAAGCAAGAACUUUAUUAACAAGUGUAAAUUUUUAAAUGUCCUUUGUAGGUUCGAAAAAUCUCUUAACAUAGCCUAUACCCCUCCUUACAAUGAAGUCUCAUGACCAUAUCUUCCCAAACCUGUGAAAUAUUUUUAUAUCUUUUAUAAACCUAGUUUAUUAAUUUAAAGUAUGUAUAACCUGAAAUUAUGAUAACUUGUUGGAUUGUUGUCUUUAGGUGUGAAAGACUAGUUGUAUUAUGUACCCAGAGUUAAUAAAAUUAUAUCAAUAAAG